GUUUUAUGUUUGAGUGUGUGUGUGCUAACACCAGAAAGGAACUCCAGUUAUGUCUACUUUCAUUUAUACGGGUCUGCAUUCACCCAUGUAGUUUACUGACAUCCAAGUUAUCACCACACCCCGGCUCUUGCUUAACACACGAUGGCCGCCGUCGGAGCACCUGGCGCGAGAGCCGCCGCUAUGCUUGCCGUCAACCGUCAGUACGACUCUCCCCGUCUCUCGCCAGAGGAAUCGCGCAGGCGCGGAAGCCUCACUGGGGUAUCACCACAUUCAAGCCAACAUAGCUUGGAUAGGGAUUACGAACCUGGUCUGAGCCCCAGGGAACGAUCACCGGGAACUUCGCCUAGUGACCUAAGAUUUUACCGAAGAAAUGCAGAUGUGUCCUACAAAGAUGCAGCACUUGCCGCUGAAAAAUGGAAACAGCGAUCCUCUGAUAAACUGAAUCAUAUACAAAGAGAGAAUGAGAUGGCAACAUUUUCGUACGGCGGUCAGGGAGAGGCUAUGGAUGGUGUUGGACAGGGACAGGACGUUACCACCGGUUCACGUUCAUCUAUUACACGCAAACAAUUCUAUGCCACGGACAAAAAGGAACCAAGGACCAGGUCCUUAUUUAUAUUCAGCGAAGACAACUUCAUACGAAAGUAUGCGAAGAAAAUUACAGACUGGCCUCCAUUCGAAUAUCUCAUUUUGCUAACGAUCACAGCUAAUUGUGUAGUACUAGCAUUGGAGGAUCACUUGCCAAAUGAAGACAAGACUCCAUUGGCGAUAGGAUUGACAGAAACAGAAGUAUACUUUGUAGGAAUUUUCUGCUUUGAAUGUUUAAUAAAAAUUAUAGCACAAGGUUUUAUCCUACAUCCGGGUUCCUAUCUUCGGAACGGUUGGAAUAUUAUGGAUUUCAUAGUCGUAAUAUCAGGUGUGCUAGCGAAACCUGGGGCCGCUGGCAGUGGACCUGAUUUACGAACACUCAGAGCUGUGAGAGUUCUGCGACCACUAAAACUAGUUUCUGGUAUACCUAGUCUUCAAGUAGUAUUAAAGUCCAUUCUUAAAGCUAUGGCACCACUCUUACAGAUUGCUUUGUUGAUCGUCUUCAUGAUUCUUAUUUUUGCUAUCACUGGUAUGGAGUUUUUUCUUGGUAAAUUCCAUGCAACCUGUUAUAUUAAUGGAACAAAUGAAGUUGAAGGUGGGAAAGAUCCUUUUGUCUGUGGCACUACGAGUGGCUCCAGGACAUGUAAGAUGGGUGGCAUAUGUCAAGAGUACUGGAUUGGACCAAAUCAUGGUAUCACAAACUUUGACCAUGUUGGUUUUUCUAUGUUAACUGUGUUCCAGUGUAUUACUAUGGAAGGGUGGACAGAUGUUUUAUACAUGACAAAUAACGCUUCAGGAAGUACUUGGACAUGGCUUUAUUUUGUGCCUCUAAUUAUACUAGGUUCUUUUUUUAUGCUCAAUCUUGUUCUUGGUGUUUUAAGUGGUGAAUUUGCAAAAGAGAGGGAAAGAGUGGAAAAUCGGAGAGCUUUUUUGAAACUGCGACGGCAACAGCAAAUUGAAAGGGAGCUUAAUGGCUACCUCGAAUGGCUUAGUAAAGCAGAAGAAGUCAUGUUACAAGAUGACUCAAUCACUGAAGAUGAAAAGGCUGUCAUAGAAGCAAGGAGAAGGGCAGCAUCAAUGAGACAGAAGAAAAUGGGGGAAGAUGGGGAAUAUGCAGAUGAUGAUGAAGAAGACAUGAGUGAUAUGCAAUCUGGGAAAGCUGAGUACAAGCAAAAAAACCAAAAGCAGCAUUGUGUUGGUUUAAAAAACGCUGAGAAAAGGUUCCGUUUUAUGGUGCGACGCGCAGUCAAGACCCAAGCUUUUUAUUGGGGCGUUAUAGUUCUAGUAUUUCUAAACACAGUUUGUACAGCAGUUGAGCACUAUCCACAGCCAGAUUGGCUUUCACAAUUUUUAAGAUAUGCAGAAUGGAUCUUUCUUGGCUUGUUCUUGAGUGAAAUGUUUAUUAAGAUGUAUGGUCUUGGACUAAAACUUUAUUUCAAAUCAACUUUUAAUAAAUUUGAUUGUGUAGUUAUUUUUGGUAGUAUAUUUGAAGUCAUUUGGACUGCCUACAAAGAUACAUCUUUUGGUUUAAGUGUACUAAGAGCACUUAGAUUGCUUAGAAUUUUUAAAGUUACCAAACAUUGGAAGUCUUUACGGAAUCUCGUGGUGUCAUUGUUAAGUAGUAUGCGCUCGAUUGUCAGUUUGCUGUUUCUUCUCUUCUUGUUCAUCCUCAUAUUUGCAUUACUGGGGAUGCAGCUCUUUGGUGGCCAUUUUAAUUUCCCGGAGGGCAAACCACCACAUAAUUUUGAUACAUUUCCUGUAGCCUUGAUGACUGUAUUUCAGAUCUUAACCGGUGAAGAUUGGAAUGUAGUUAUGUACGAUGGCAUUCGUUCCCAGGGAGGUGUAAAAAAGGAGGGAAUGAUAUACAGCAUUUACUUCAUUAUCUUGGUGCUUUUUGGUAAUUAUACCCUGUUGAACGUCUUCCUUGCCAUUGCUGUGGACAACUUAGCCAAUGCACAAGAGUUGACGAAAGACGAAGAAGAACAAGAUAAGCUUAAUAAAGAGAGACUGGAGAAAGAUAAAGAAAUGUUCAUGUCCAAUCCAUCAGUUAAUAUUUCUCCUCCAUCUCCAACUCCAAGCAAAUCUUUGGCAAUGGAAGAAGAAGAGGAUUCAGAUAACCCUUUUGCACCAAAACCAAUGGUGCCAUAUAGUUCUUUGUUUAUUUUCAGUCCAACCAAUCCAUUUCGACGAGGUGUUCAUUAUAUAUGCAGUUUACGUUACUUUGAGUUUUUUAUCAUGGCUGUUAUCGCAAUGAGUAGUAUCGCUCUAGCUGCCGAAGAUCCUGUUGAUCCAAAUAAUUUUCGAAAUCAGAUUUUGGAAUAUUUUGAUUUUGCCUUCACUGCCAUAUUUGCACUGGAAAUGACAAUGAAGAUUAUAUCUCUGGGUUUAAUUCUCCAUCCAGGAUCAUACUGCAGAGAUAUUUGGAACAUUCUGGACGCCAUUGUUGUUGUUUGUGCUCUAGUUGCUUUUGCAUUUCAAGGCAACGGUGAAGACGGUUCAUCUUCUGCUGGUAAAAAUCUCAACACUAUCAAAUCUCUGAGGGUGCUAAGAGUGUUGAGGCCACUCAAAACAAUCAAGAGAGUUCCCAAGUUAAAAGCUGUUUUUGAUUGUGUAGUCAACUCACUAAAGAAUGUACUGAACAUUCUGAUAGUUUAUUUAUUGUUCCAACUAAUCUUUGCUGUAAUAGCUGUUCAGCUUUAUAAAGGUCGAUUUUUCUACUGCAAUGAUGAAUCAAAAAGGAAUCAGGAUGAGUGUCGGGGGCAGUAUUUUAUUUAUAAAGAUCACAGAAUAACUGAUGUAGAGGACAGGAGAUGGGAAAAAAGAGAUUUCAACUACGACAAUGUAAUGAAUGCCAUGAUGACAUUAUUCGUUGUGUCAACUGGGGAAGGUUGGCCUCAGAUUUUACAGAAUUCAAUGGAUUCCACUAAUGAAGGAGAAGGUCCGUUACCGUAUUACCGCAUGGAAAUGGCAAUCUACUAUGUAGUAUUCUUCAUUAUUUUCCCAUUCUUCUUUGUGAACAUCUUUGUUGCCUUGAUUAUUAUCACUUUCCAAGAGCAAGGUGAACAGGAAUAUGCAGAAGGGGAUAUCGAUAAAAAUCAGAAAGCAUGUAUCGAGUUCUGCAUAAAUGCAAAACCCACACAGCGAUAUAUGCCCACAAAUAAGAAUUCACUCAAGUUUCGUAUCUGGCAGCUGGUGGUAUCUCCUGCGUUUGAGUAUUUUAUUAUGACACUUAUUGCCCUGAACACUAUUAUUCUGAUGAUGAAGUAUUAUCAACAGCCAAUAUUCUACACCAAUGUAUUAAAGUAUAUGAAUAUCGGGUUCACAAUAGCAUUUACCAUAGAAUGUAUACUAAAGCAGUUAGCAUUUGGUCCUAGGAAUUAUUUCCGUGAAGGUUGGAAUGUGUUUGAUUUCAUCACUGUUGUUGGCAGCAUAACAGAUGUGCUAGUGUCCGAGUUUGGUAAUAAUUUCCUCAAUCUUAGUUUUCUGAGAUUGUUCCGUGCUGCCAGGCUAAUAAAACUCUUGCGGCAAGGUUAUACAAUCCGAAUUCUCCUAUGGACAUUCAUACAAUCUUUCAAGGCAUUGCCGUAUGUUUGUCUCCUCAUUGCCAUCUUGUUUUUCAUCUAUGCAAUUAUUGGAAUGCAGAUGUUUGGUGCAAUAAAGUUGGAUCCUGAAUCGCAAAUUAAUGGUGACAACAAUUUUACAACUUUUAUUCUGUCACUACUACUGCUCUUCAGGUGUUGUACCGGCGAGGCAUGGCAAGAAAUUAUGUUAGCAUGUGCCUCUGGCCAAGACUGUGCACCAACGACUGGUAUGGGAGCUGGCAAUUGUGGCUCUAACUUUUCUUACUUGUACUUCGUAAGCUUUUUCUUCAUGAGCUCAUUUCUGAUGUUGAAUCUCUUUGUUGCUGUUAUCAUGGAUAAUUUCGAUUACCUAACUAGAGAUGCUUCCAUAUUGGGAGCUCAUCAUCUUGAUGAAUAUGUACGUGUUUGGUCAGAUUAUGACCCAGCAGCCAAGGGCAGGAUUCCAUACCGGUUAAUACGUAUGAAUAUGCCAGUGGCAGAAGACAAAACAGUACAUUUUACAACAACCUUAAGUGCAUUGAUACGUACUGCACUUAAUAUCAAAAUAACCAAAGUUGCUGAACAAGAUCAGGCAGAUGAAGAACUGCGACGUGCAAUCAAGAACUUUUGGCCCCACCUAUCUAACACAAAAUUAAAUUUAUUAGUACCCCAAAAUAGUGAAUUAGUUUAUCCCAACUUAUCAGUAGGAAAGAUAUAUGCUUCUUUAUUAAUCUAUGAAACGUGGAGAGAGUACAAAGCAAAAUUAUCCAAGAAUAUUCAUGCAAGAUCGCGGCCACCAUCUUUAUUCCGUCGCUUAAUUGGUGCUGUUAGACAUUCCAAUACUAGCCUAAAUCAAUUAGAAGAUGGCGAGAAAGACAAAGAUAGACAUAGUGUUAGUUCAGGAUCUGAUGGUGGUUUUAGUGAGUGGAAUAGAAAAGAGAGUUUACCAGGAUCUACACAUAGCCUUGAUAAAGAACCACCACCCACAGAGCCACCUAAUAAUGAUCGUCUUGGGUGGAGAUCUCUUAGCAUCUUUAGACGUAGUCGCAGUAAAUCACCACGUCGUCCUACUAAGGAAGUCCCUGAGAGUUCUCAGGAUUCUUUGGUGGACGGCAUCUCCUUACAUUCCAACUUUGCUGAAUCACAUUCAGGGAUAGACGGACCCUACCAAUAUUUUCCAGAUGAGCCGGGCAUUGAGCUGAGACAACGGGAUCCAGAGAGUGGAGCCAGGGCAGACAGGGACAAAUCUCAGGACAGUGAUCUACCUCAGAGAAGAGCAUCGCAUGAUCAGAGCAGUCAACAGGGUGGUGAUACUAGUACAGGAGCAGGGAGGUUAUCAGAAUAUCCCCCACCCUAUAGACAAUCGGCUGAUCCACGACUAAUCCCUGGUUCCCCAGAUCUAAUGCAGCACAGAAGAGACGAUCAUCUUCGACCCAUUACUGAUGAUUUACUUAGACAAAGCCAGGAACCAAAGAUUAGGAGUCCUCCACAUGCUACACCCGAAAGUACACCACCAGAAUUUCGAACACCAGAGAGAGGUAGAUCAAGAUCAAGUAGUGGAGUAGGACUUCCUCCUAAUUUAAGAUCGGGAAGGAGCCCUAGUCCUAGUCCUAUUCGUAGACGUCCCUCACAUGACCCAAAUGGAAGUACUGCAUCUCCAAAGAAAGGAACAGGAAGAAAAUUGCCAGCAUUGCCAACUGAUAUUGACCCACAACGUGCAAGGGAACUUACUCUCUCAGCUUCUUCCAUACAGUCUCCUCCUAUGGGACAAUUACCAAGAUCACGACCAACAUCACCACAGCCACCACGUAAACUAUCAGGAUCGAGAGAAAGGGACCUCAGCCCAUCUAAGAGGAAUACUCUAAGAACAUCUCCUACAAAAAGUGAAGGUAGAAGUCCACAUUAUAGUGGAUCAAGCCGAUCACCUGAGAGGGCACGUUACAUGGAUGAAACUUAUAGACAUCAUAGUGAUGUGCCACCUCCUUAUGAAGCUGCAGCAAGACAACCACUGCCACCGACACCUAGUCGGCAUAGUUCAAUGACUCCUCGUGUUCCAAACGGAUUAUCAGGAACGCAACAGGAUCGAGGUAGGGGGCAUGGUGUGCCAAAUUACAGCCCACCUCAACAACCUGGACAGGCACGAUCACGUGGCCCUGGACGUACACGUAGUGGCCAUAGUAGUGGUAGUGCAGGUGUAACAGGACACACAGACUCUGAUGAAGAGGAUUGGUAUUAGUUGCUGCAGCAAAUAUCCAUUUCCCUGUACAGAAACAUAAAAAACAAGAAAAUAAUGUGACUUAUUUAAUGCCAAAACUUGUUGCUUGCUUGUGUCGAUAUUGGUCCCUGCUGUCGGUUUGUCAACAAAGUUCUCUGCCACAAAGAUGUAAUGCUGAUUUUGUGUUACAGAAUUUGACGCUGUUGUGACAGCAAUAUGUCUACCCGUGCUCAUCAACAUAUGCCUGACUUUGUUUAAAAAAAAAGAAAACUCUUUGAAGAAUCUAUAUGUGGCUUGACAUACAACUGACUUAUUGGUUGAGAUGACAUGGCUCACUUCCGGGGAACAGCUGGAGUAUUAUUCUUCAUGAGUUAAAAAAAAGUAACACAUUUUUUCUAUAAAAAUAAAAUAUUGUGAGAAUGGUAUAAAAAGAAUUUUCCAUGUAAAUAAGAUUUGAAUUUACUUCAGCGACACCUACAGUUA